AUGGUGGAGGUAGAUGAGCUUCUCAAAGAGAUUGGAGAGCUGGAAAGCGAGGAGGAGGAAGAGCUUCACUCAGAGGUGGAGCAACGAGGAGCGGGUCAGCGGUUCCGCCGCGAGUGGCCGCGGGGAUAUGGGGGUGAUAUGCGGUCGUAG